AUGCCUCUUUUCGUCCUCAGCCCCGCCUCUUUGGCACACUCGGCCCUCUUCGCAGGCUACUACUCCUAUCUUUCCUCCAACGUCAUUGCCAACCGUCUCAACACCAACAUCUACCUUGGUUCCAGCGAUUCGGACAAAGUCUCCGGUCCUGGUGAAAAAAAGGUCAACAGUGCCGCAGACAUUGCCAAACUCCAGCGUGCCGUUCGUGCGCAUGGUAACUUUGCAGAAUCUGCUCCGUUUGCCUUUUUCCUUAUCUUCCUCGCUGAACUUAACGGUGCCCCCACUUGGCUCGUUCACGCUGCAUACACUACCCUCUUUGCCGCUCGUGUCGCUCACGCCAAUCUCGGUAUCCAGGCUGAAAACAGCGCAGCUGCCGGUCGUUCCAUCGGCACUCUUACCACCAUUGUCGUUACCCUCACCGCCGGCCUCUACAACUUGAACCUCGGUUGGGAGCCCCUCAAGUCCUUCCUUGGCUUCAAGUAG